GUGUAUAGGAAGUGAUGUGGUAACUUUUUGGACAGAUGUGUUAGCUAGCAGGCUAGUAAGGAAAGAAAGAAAAGAAACCACAGACGAGAUGAGCGCUGAAGAACACAAAGCGGCGUUGGUGUUAAUGAGCUCGGAGAAAAGCGGAGAGUGCUGACAGCUCGAGUUCGGAUGUUAUUGGCAUGUUAGCGCGGAGUUAGCGGGCUAACGCUAGCUGAGGGAGUUGUUUGAGGCGCCAUGGUGCUCGCGAGCGGCGGUGUGUCCGAGUCGCUGCAGUGGCUGUGUCUGGUGACGCUGUUCCUCGCCUCACUCGUGACUUUAAUCAUCUAUUUAGUGCAAUAUUUCGGUGUUUGCGGGAGCGGGACACGAGUCGGGAGGGAGGAGUGUGAGGAAGCAGAGCGGCUGUUGAGCUGGGUGCUGGAGCUGAAGAGCUGGAGGACGGAGUGGAGGAGAGCCUGGAUCCAAGCCCUCAACAACCACCACCGCUGCAGUACACAGGGAGCAAUCCAGCUGGUGUUUGAGGAGGAUGGUGUUCAGUCGUCAGAGCUCAGCGUUCACCACAUCUCCAGUUUUAACAGAUCACCUGGACGCAAGGAUGUGCAGUGUGAGGUGACUGGAGACAAACUGCAGUUUUCUGUCAGCGCUUGUCCAAACUCUGGCUCUACUCGCCCUCCUCUGAGAUAUAGCGUAAAAAUCUCACCACUACAGCUGCAGCUGGCCCUGCAGAUGACAGAGGUAGAUGGAGAAGUUCAGAUUACAUGGGGGCUGCAACAGCUGGACCUGACACACCUGCAGCUCACACCCAGCUACACACAGGGAGAAUCAGUGUAUGUGAGUGAAGCUGCAGCUAAGAGCUGCCUUCAGCAGGUUCUGUGUGAAACGCGAGCCUUAGUGACACUGAGCAGCCGGACUGCGCAGCCUACAGAGCUGAAGGAAGUGAGGAACAGGAUUUCGGAGGUCUCCUCUCCCCCCAAACCCCCUCGCGCUCACCAGUGGAAACUCUUAGUGAAGAACAUCCGGGUCACGUACAGCCAGGAGAAUGGAGCUGCAGGUAGUGUAAGUCCUCAAUGUGUCCUGCAGUUAGAUGAUCCUCCUCAGAAAUUGUCCACCUCAGUGCUGAGUAGCACAAAUGACCCAGUGUGGGAUCAUCCCUUUAUCUUUGAACUUAGCGGCAGGUCGAAGGAGUUGAACAUCCAGCUGUUGGAUCAUGGGAAACCUCCAGAAAGCUGUGUGCUCGGUCAGGUGUGUGUGCCUUUUAAUCUGGUUAAGAGGAGCCCGAGAGGAGAGCACACUUUCACACUGAUGAACACACACCAAGUAAUUGGAUCACUGACUACUGAGUUGUCCUAUCUGGAGCCAAGUGAAGUGCGCACUUGGCAGCCUCCUACUCCGGCGCCUACCAAACGAGUGGAGAUGGACAGAACCGUGAUGCCAUGCGGUACCGUCGUCACCACCGUCACUGCGGUGAGGAGCAGACCGGGACGUCCACUUCUGACAGAAUCGAUUAAACCUCCAGCCAAAGCUAAGCUGACGGAGAGGCGGGUGUCUGAACAGUCCUCAGUGCUGGGAACUAAAGUCAGCAAAGCCUUAUCUUCAUCAGAUACAGAGCUGCUGAUGCUGAACGGGACUGACCCGGUGGCUGAGGCUGCGAUCAGACAGCUGUACGAGUCGGCGAAGCAGAAACUCAAAUCUCCUGUCAAAAAGAGCACCAUCAUCAUCUCUGGGGUGGCAAAGGCGCCUCUAUCUCAGGACGAGGAGAUGACUCUGAUGGCCGGCUACGCUGCUGCGAUGGACGCCUCCAUGGCUGAAUCGCCUGAGUGCACAAGCCAGGAAACGGAGACUCUCUCUGAGCACUGCGUCUCGUACGAGACUGAUCCGUUGGAGGGUCCAAGCGGAACAGAUUGGGAGAGUCAGACUGGAGAGAAAUUGGACAAAGCCUCGCUUUCACUCUGUGUCUCUGAGACCGGAUCCAAAAAGGGGAAAGGCAGCUUCCUCCAUAAAGGCGCCCGGCUAUUUUUCAGGCGCCGACAGCAGAGGAAGGAGCCGGGGAUGAGUCAGUCCCAUAACGACCUGCAGUACCUGGAGCAGGCCGAGGAGAGACGACGUACAGCCAGCUUCAAGCACAUCAUCAACCGCAAACUGCUGCACAAAAACAAGAGCAAAGCCAACGGCGUCCAGACGCCAGACCUCCAUCACCCUCACUAACACCUACACACAACACAACACACACACACACGCCUUCACUAACACCCCAACACAUACACCCUCACACUCUCUCUGUCCCCUAAAAUGACACUUGAAUUCUAAGGACGCCAACAGCGUUAUUCUAGUACUAAUCCGGAUAGACACGCUGAUCCACAUGCUAAUCCUUGCGCUAAUCCUCAAAACUGCGUAUCAGAAGGGCGUCCACGAUACGUAACAAAGUCACGCGCUACAGGUGGGACGAUAUAUUGGGAUGACGAUGUCCUGAGAUCUGAAGCUGUUAUAUCGUUACUCUCCGUCUUCAUAUCCAUCCUCAGCGGAUAUUCAUGCUAACAGGUUUCUGGGUGAUCUCUGGAUAAAAUGAUGAUAAUCCAAAUACUAAUCCUGUGUGCUAAAGUGCAUCAUAAUCUGAUCAUGGCCUUUCUGUUAAAGAUGGCUGCCUCGAAACGUAAAUAAGAGGUCUGAAUGUUAGACAUGUAAAUAUAUAUAUUGGUUUGCACAUUUGUUUAUAUUCAGACUGUUUGGGAAAAUAGCAAAACUGAAGAUGAGGAUGAGUUGUGCAGCUUUGUAAUCUUUUUUUUUUUUUUUUUAAACGAAAAUAAUGGGGGAAAAAUCUGUCAUAUAAAAUGAAAAAUCUGACGCACAUACUACCCUGGUCGCAUUUAAUUAAUUUUAAUGAUCAAAACGGCACCUCGUCUCGCUCUGCGUUCACACGAGCAAUUUCGUGUUGUCACUUCCGGGUCAUCUCCUGUGGGCGGGGCCUGUCCAGUCUGUUAGAACAAGAUUAUAAAUAAUAGAAGCCAACAUAUACACCAUCUACUGUACGCUUUAUACACAUCUUAGCGUUACUGGUGUUCAAAAAUGGUCUUGGGCUAUAUAGCAACAAUGUCUCCAGAAUUAAUGGCACCCUUCAUCAUCAUCAUCUCAUCUCAUUAUCUCUAGCCGCUUUAUCCUUCUACAGGGUCGCAGGCAAGCUGGAGCCUAUCCCAGCUGACUACGGGCGAAAGG